CGAAUCGAGUGUAUUGAUCAGUUUGCCCAGUGCCCUCAUACACUGGAAUUGUGAAAGUAGUAGCAGGUCAACAUGUGACUCUCCAUUUUCUCCAACCACCGCGCCUCAACCGAAAAGUCGACCUGUAAUGAACGGUGGAAGCGGAAAAUCAACGCACAAUAGUGUGAAAUUCGCUGGAGAAGAAGCGAAAGACAAAAUGUACGAACCUAAACAGAACAAAAAGCUAAUACGUGUCCUUACGGUUAUUGUUUAUGUGUUCUCCGUCUCCCUAGCGGCAAUUAUACUCUCCCUUUACUAUGUUUUCUUCUGGUCUCCAAAACCACCCCCUGGACCACCCUCCGUUGUUACCGGAUGUAUAGGUAUAAAUGAUGAUGUUCCAAGAGAAACUCCUAAAGUACUUCCACAACGUGAAGAUACAACUCCAUCCUAUAACCAAGUUACAGAUAUAAGAGUUACAGGCGAUCCACCAGGAACUAUCCUGCUCAGUAAUUAGCAUUAAAUGAUUAAAACAUAGGUUAAAAAUG